AUAUGAACUAUUUUGCACAAAUUUACAGGGAAGCACCGAAAAUAAAACAACAAACUCAACCAAAGCAAUUUGAAAUUCUCGUGGAUUUCAUGAAGGCGCAUCCCGAUUUAUCGAAAGGAUCACUAAAAACACCAGACGCCAAAAAUACCUCCAAUAAUUUACGGAAAAAUUUAGUUUCCCAUUUAAACGCAGCUGGGCCACCAUUGCGCGACAUUGCGGGGUGGAAAAAGGUUUGGGCAGACUAUAAGAUUCACUUAAAGGCAAAAAUACGACAAAACAAAAAUAAUAUUUCGGGAACUGGAGGUGGUCCCUCACUUUUCAUACCCUUAUCACAGUUAGAGCAACAAGUGAGUGAGUUAUUGUCAAUAGAGGAAUCAAUAAAUAGAAUGAGUGGUACCUUGUCAUUCGGUGCAGCUACAAGCAGCAUGUCGGAGGGAAGCACCGAAAAUAAAACAACAAACUCAACCAAAGCAAUUUGAAAUUCUCGUGGAUUUCAUGAAGGCGCAUCCCGAUUUAUCGAAAGGAUCACUAAAAACACCAGACGCCAAAAAUACCUCCAAUAAUUUACGGAAAAAUUUAGUUUCCCAUUUAAACGCAGCUGGGCCACCAUUGCGCGACAUUGCGGGGUGGAAAAAGGUAAUUCCAAUAAUUGCACAGAUAAAUUAUAAAUGUGAUUAAAUGUAAUCAAUUAAAGGUUUGGGCAGACUAUAAGAUUCACUUAAAGGCAAAAAUGCGACUAAACAAAAAUAAUAUUUCGGGAACUGGAGGUGGUCCCUCACUUUUCAUACCCUUAUCACAGUUAGAGCAACAAGUGAGUGAGUUAUUGUCAAUAGAGGAAUCAAUAAAUAGAAUGAGUGGUACCUUGUCAUUCGGUGCAGCUACAAGCAGCAUGUCGGAGGUAAAUGCAGACCCGAACCAAAUACACAAAACAGAGAACUACCACAAUGUUCCAAAGUGGCAUGCACACCUCACAAAAAACAGCAGACUCCUCUUAAUACACAAGAAAAUGAACUACCACAUUGUUCAAAUGUGACGUACCCACCGCGCAAAAAGCAGCAGACUCUGCUUGAAAAACAAGUCGAAAACCAAAUUAUAUUCCACAAUAACUCGAUUAAAGUGUUAAACCAUAUAAAUUUUAAUA